AUGGACGCGCUUAGUUUAGACAUUUCACAAGCCGUGGAGGCGUCUGUGACGCCCUCCCCCGCUCAGAGCUCUCAGCGCUCGUCGCCCCGCCGGAUGGCGACCUACACAUCGUUCCUGCCGAGGCGGACCACUUCGGUGCCAGCGGAUAAUGACACAGACCCGCUUAUUUGCAGUCAAGAUCGCAAUUUGAGUUCCGCGCGUGUUCGCGCGAAAUCGGCUUCUGCUGUGAAGCCGACUUCGUCGGGUACCUCAUUCAUUCACUGCCUACCUGUGGUGGUGGUGGUCGCGAGCUUAGCCACUGCCUACACGAUCUUCGUCUUCUAUCAUCUCAAGCCAGCCAUCGAGGAUGACGUAAGCCAUUUGGGAGUGCUGAGCAACAAAACGGUCGCCAUCUUGCUCAGCACUAGCAUCUCCUGUCUAAUGUUCCUGUUGAACUACAUCCUGUGCGCCACUGUCGACCCUGGGCGUGUGCCUGAAACGUUGGACUGGUGCAUGUACCCGGGCAGUGAAAAGCGCGCUCCGCCGACAGUAUGCGAGACCACGAAGUCCGGAGAUCGUCGUUCGUGCAAGUGGUGUUCCGUUUACAAGCCGGACCGGGCCCACCACUGCUCAACAUGUGGCCGCUGCGUGCUGAAGAUGGACCACCAUUGCCUGUGGGUGAAUAACUGCAUCGGUUGGGCCAACCACAAGUUCUUUUUCUUGUCUGUCUUCUACGCUGUUGUCCUCUCUGGCCUGGUCUCCACCUUCUCUUACCCCACCGUGCGCCAUGUGAUGAGGAAUCCAGUGGUUCCAACAAAACAGUACAUUGCGCUGAUCGUUGGCGAGGCAAUAUCGAUCUUGGCGUUUGUACUUUGCAGUAUUUUUUUGAUCUUCCAUAUCUGGUUGAUGUGCGAGGCGUACACUACGCUCGACAUCUGCGAGAAGGGGACGUACAGUUGCAUGUGGCUGGACCGUUCCAUCUGGUCGGGCACGUUGUACGAGAACAUCUCCUGCGUCCUGGGCAGAAACCCGCUCUUCUGGCUCUUGCCAAUCGACGAUCGCAUAGGCGAUGGUCUGACUUUCACCCCGCACAUUACGUCAGAUGACACUGACGAGUCGUACGACGAGAACUCGACGUUCAUCAAGAUGGCCCGAGAGACCAAGCAGUUUGAGCCUAUUCUGGACGUUUGA